CGGAUUUGCUCCAGAAGGCGCCGACUUCUGCCACCCAUCAAAGAACAACAGUCAGCAAGAAUUGUCAAUACGAUUACUACAUGUUGAAAGUACUAUAGCUAGCCAGUUGGUGGGUAGCCAGUGACUGUUUGCUGGUGAUAACCAAUCAAAAGAAGUCCACUAGCUAGCUAGCUAGGGCCUCAGAGGGAUUGAAAUUGCCUCGUGGAAGAAAGGAAGAACAAACAGAGCUGGAAAGGAAAGAAUAUUUAUUUUACAUGCCACCUGGUGCUGGGAAAGUUGCUUCUUCCGCCUGGUUUGUCCUGGCAUUGUUGGCUGUUGUGAAUGGCUUGUUGGCUCCCGAAAUCUCGUUGGAACGGCAGCAAAGCACUCAAGAGAUAUUGAAUCGAGUGUAUGGUGGCAUCCAUGCUGGUACCAGUGGGGAUAAUGAUGCUACCACCUGGAAUGAUCGACGCAGUCAAGCCAUUGAGGUAUCACAGACCGAUGGUCUUGAUUUGGAAAUGCCAAACCACAUGACCGUCUAUGGGGAAUUGGGUCUCGGUGCUCUCAUUACGCUCUUAAAUGCCGUGGGAGUCAAUCAAGAGGGUGAUCGAUUGUUGGAUAUUGGGUCGGGAGAUGGCAUGCUGGUAGCUGGGGCGUCCAUGCUGCUGGCGGAGAAUUUAGAAGUUUCCAGGGGAGUGGAAAUUCUACCCACGUUGCACGAACGAGCACAAUCAUUUGUGGCGGAGGCAGAAGAACACGCCACAGCUGCCAAUUUGCCUUUGUGUCGAACGGAGCUGUUUCUGGGAGAUAUUUUUCAUCCAACACCCGAUCUGCAACAAAUUCUACACGAAACCACAUUGGCACUUUGUUUUGCCACGACAUGGUCGCGAGGAGAACCCAAACGACGACUGCCGCAGUUAUCGCAGGCAUUAGGUCACGGGGGAAUUUCGGCGCUGCCACCCAAAGCGCGGCUUGUCAUUAUUGAUGGUCUGUUGGAUGAACAGGAUGGAUUUACCUUUGAAGGACAAUUGAGGCUGUAUUGUCCUGAUACCGCGCCCUAUUCGAUUGCAAGAUUGUAUAUUAGAAAAUAGGAAAAUGGCUGAGUAUUGGAGUCAAUGAAAAUCGGUAUUAUGAUUUGCUUAGAAGGCUGCGGCGCCCUGAUUCUGUAUUGCAGUGCAAUUGUGGUGGCUGUGUGUUACAGCGCCACAAACCGAAAAUUACACAAUCCAUGUUUUGGAUGCCAGGGGGGGUCCCAAAUUUGAUGAGCUGCGUGAUUUGUAGCUUCGGACUUGUACAGUCGUAUUAGUUCAGGACAAAUUGCAUUUUCCUUUCAUAAAAAAUGAGCUACGAAUGAUUGAAUCGAAUCAUUCAAUCCGGCCUUUUUAAAAUCGAGGUAAGGAUAUUCCCACCCACAGACUAUUCCUACCAGCUACCGUACCGGUACAGGCGCUGGCAAUGGAAAUCGGAUGAUUUUGUGGAUGCGCUGUACCGAUAGAACAACUAACUGAUGCUUGCAUUUUUUACCUUUGAUUAGCUUUUAUGCACAAAUUUUUUACCUGGUGCAAAGCAAGUCAAUAAAAUUCUCUUCAAAUGCUCCAUCGCGAGACCAUCAAAAUACAACAACCACCCCAUAGAUUAGGGGCACGAAAGCCACCAACGGCAUUUGCUUUUUCGACGGCAGGUUGCAAAGCAAGAGUGGAAGCGUGGUCUGCUCGGAUUUCGCUUGGCGUAGCGCCCAGGGCCAAAAGCUAUGUUUCCCAACUGAGGUAUGCAAAGUUGAGAUUGGGACCCGCAUUUGGCAAUUUCUUGGUCCCUCAACCAAUCCAUUUGGCGUCCUCCUAC